CACGUUUCCUUUGUCAUUGAAAGAACUUAGAAAAAAGUUUUGCUAAACUGUAAAGAGAGUCCAGAUAUACAAUAAAUGUACGUUUAAACGGCACGGUCUUGUACAUGUGCUCUUUCAGGCUUCCUCCAGCUGUGUCUUCAGGACAAACAUUUCACCUCUGUAAGUGAUUUCACACACUGACGCUGGUGGGAGGAUUCAACACAGACUGGGGACUCAACGGGACUCUACAAGCGCACUUUACACCUCUCAAACGCGGGACACCAUUGCCUCUACCAUGAUUUUAGUUAAAUUCGUGUGCGCCAUCAUAACCAGGUCGUUAUUUAUUCUGGUCUCUCUCAUCGGCGUCUGGAGAGUGAAAACAGUGAAAAAUGACAACAUGUACUGGUUACUGACUGUCCUUUACAUUCCUCUGGUCUUGGAGAUGAUUAUCACGUUAAAACGAAGAAAAGGACAAGACUACAAAUGGUUUUCUCCAGCCAUCCUUUUCUUCCUCAUCAGCAUUAUUCCAUCCAUAUGGCUUCUAGAGUUACAUCAUCAGGAGAACAAAGCCAUUGACCCUCAGUGUAGGAAACUGGACUCUUGGGACAAUGUUAAGAGCAUAUUGCCUACAAAUGGCACAAUGGGUGAGGAAACACUAAAGCACUUGGAGCGCAUGCUCACUUCCGUGUGUGCGAAUGAUUGGAUCCUUGGUCUUCAUCAGGUUCUGCUCAUUCUUCUCAUCCUUGGAAAGUGGCUCCUCCCAUUAGGAGGAGGAGUGACGCGUGACGAGCUGUCUCAGCUUUUACUCAUCUUUGUUGGCACGGCGGCAGACAUUCUGGAAUUCACCAGUGAAACACUUUCUGAUGUCAAAGAGAACAACAAUCAACUGGUGUAUGUAAUCUUGGCAGUGUGGACUUGGAGUAUGUUGCAGUUUCCUUUUCACCUGGCAGUUGUGACGUCCCGGCCGCAGAACUCAGAUGAGCCGAAGGGUGGAGAUGGCUGUUGUAACUUGGUCUUGUCAAGACACAGUACAGAUAUUUGGAACAUCGUGGAGUGUUUGUUUAUCCAGGACGGGCCCUUUCUCGUGGUACGUCUCAUUGUGAUGAUAUACUUUGAUGUGUUCCACCAGAUGUUGGUCUUCUUCGCUAUUAAGAACUUUCUAGUGGUCGUCCUCAACCUCUACAGGCUCCUAGUUAUCUGUCAAGACUUUAAACCACCAUCAUCAUCACCAUCUACCUCUCCCCCAGUAUGAAGGAAGCAAAAAAAUAAGAUUAAAAUGAAAAUGUAGCUUCUUCAAUACAAAUACAUUCGAUUAACUGUGCCAGAUGGUUUACUUCAAACUGGGUUCUGGGGACCCCCAGGGGGACGCAAGAGUGCUAGACAGUGCUAUUUUAGUGCCAUUGAGAUAUUAGAAUAUUAUUAGAAUUACUAUUAGAAUAUUUAUUAAUAUUUUAAAUUAGUUAAUCAUUUUAGUUAAAGUUUUAGUCUUUUUUUUUUAUUAGUUAUUGUCUAUGUAUCUAUCUGUCUGUCUAUCAAUCUAUCUAUCUAUCGUUAGUUAAAGUUAGUUAGUAAUUCGUUUUUAGUAAGUAGUUUUAAAAUAAGAAAUUUUGCCUAGGCAACUAUCUGAAAUAAGUUCUGUGGGGUCAGUGGAAAAGUUUAUAAAUAAAAAAAACAAUUAAAUUGAUUUAAAAAUAGAUAAUUAAUAAAAAAUUAAUAAAAAACAAUUAAUUAAUCUAUCAGUACAGUACUAUUUUAUAUCAUAAUAAAAACUAAAUAAUUUCUAAAUAAUCUUUUGUACAUCAUUUAAUAUUAUUUAUACAUUAAAAAUAUAUAGCUACAUUUUAAAUUUUAGGAUGGGGGGCCCUAGCACCAGGAUGAUCAUAUUUGGGGGUCAGUGGCAUCUAAAAAUGGAAAACCCCUGGCUUGUACUGCUUUAAAAACACAUUUAUGGGUGACAACAGUUUUAGAAAUGUAUUUUGAAUGUGUUUGAAUAUGUUAUGUACAACCAAACUAGGACCAAUAGUAGCUGUUAUAUUACGGCAUUCAUUAUUUGGUUCCUAAUUUUAAAAUAUUACUUUUAUUGAGCUUUUUAAACGUUUUACAAUGCUUGAAUACCAGACAGUGUUGUGAAGCAGGAUCAAAAACUCUAGUUUUUUUAAUUUUUGUAUUAUGAAAUGUCGGAGGCAGACACACAUAUAUCUACUGCGUACAUGUGUUAAAAGGGGUCUGCUCAUGCAUGAUUACUCUCGCAGUGCACAUUCAGAUAUGACUAUGAUAUCGGACUCUGAGUCACUCUGACAUGCGAACAGGCUGAGAUAAUUAAGAGAAUCUGUAGUUGAUCUACAGCAGUUCCAAGAUCAGCUGUUUCAGAAGACCAUGCAUUUUAACCAGCGAUAGUUACAGCUCCUGAAUACAGCUGUAACCAGUAUGUGUCUAGGAAUGUCCACUUGUGAACCUAUUGAAAUAAAUGUUUUUGUCUAGUUUCUAUCUAUCUGGAUUCU